AAUUCCGUGCAUAUCUGAUCUGCACACGGAUGAAGCCGAAAGUGCAGCAGCAGCAGCAGCAACAGCAAAAGUGAAUCGUCAAUCAGUAGUUUUUGCUUUUCUUCGCAGCCAGCGUGUAAAGCCAGUGCCAACAACAACAACAACCAACGGUUGCUGCGUGGUCGGUUGUAUUCCGUUGUCGACGCGCCAUUCAGCAUCACCGUCUCCAUCGUCGUCACCGUCGUCUUGGGAUCUUAGUGGGGUCUCGUCGAACUGCAAGUGCUCGUCGGUAGGUACUGGGCCCAAUCCGUCAGUCGGUUCCAGACCGUCUCAGUUGGUGGAUCAGCACAAAUUUCGCAUCGAAAGUGAACGUGAUUGAAAGUGGCAGUUGAACGCGCGCAAAUUAACACACGGUGGAUUUUCAAGUGAUAGAGUAACAGCACGCUUACCGAAGCUCUGAAUUGUCUCUAGUGGAGCGUGGAUAACUAAGCCGAUUGGUGGUGCUAGCGGCCGUUGAGCAGAAGAAAGUGAUUUUUUUGUCCAAUUGAUCGUAAGUGGUGUGUUGAAUUGGUGAACAGUUGUAACGAGUGGAUUGAUUAGAGGUGCCUCAUUAGGACCGAUUUGGAAGCUGAGCGUGUCCCGAGUACUUACGGGUUUUUUUUUUGCCGAACCGGACUAACUUUGAAGGAGACAACAUCAUCGAUCCAGUAUGCGGCUACCACUGCAAUUGAUCGGCAGCUUUCUGCUGCUAAGCAUCGUCGUCAACCAUGUCCAAUCGGCUGCGUUCAGCAAUGCUCACAGCUCGGAAGAGCAUGAAGACGUCAAAGAUGCCACCCCCGCCGGAGCAGCCAAUGUAGCCCACUACCGAGCUCGUCCAGGAUAUUCCGCACAGUACAGCUCCGAAGAGGAGGAAGAUGAACCCCAACAGGUUUACACCCGCCGUCAGCAGCAUCACUCUCAGGACAAGAAAGGCAAAAAGGCAGCCUAUUCCAGCGAAGAAGUCGAAGUUGAAGAGGAACCUGAUCGGCUUUCCGUUUUGCUAGAGAAGUCCGAUUUCCACUGCACCGGUCGCACCACUGGAUACUACGCCGACGAGAGCCUAGGCUGCGAAGUGUUCCACUACUGCCAAGAAAACCAGAAGCACUCCUGGAUCUGCCCGGAAGGUUUCACGUUCCAUCAAGUGCACCUGAUCUGUAUGCCACCAUCCAGCGACAACAUCUGCGAACAGUCAUCAAAGUACCACUUUGUCAACGACUAUCUCUACAAGCCAAUCAACAUGGAAGAACACAUGACCAAACCGAAUGUCACUUUGAGAUACUCAGAGCGCUAUUACCCGGAGAACUUCUACGUUGAUGAGCGUCACUACGACUACGACCGCCAGCAGCGUGUCCACGAAGAACGCCGUCAACCUGUUCAGCAGCAACCGAAACAGCAGUACCACGUUCCCCAGCAGCAAAUUCGCAAGCAACCCGCCUACGUGGUCUCGUCCACCCCAAGCUACCGGGCAGUGACCCCAAGCCCAACCCACCAGAGCGUGUACCGCAGCCCGGAAGAGAUCAACAUCUCCCUGCAGCAGAGAAGGCCAAGCUACUCGCCGACCACCCAGCGCUACGAGGACGACGAAGAGUACGGCAGCUACGAGCGCUAAGCGUCGGGGCCUCAGCUGCACUGUCCAACACAACAGUCACGUUCAGUAUCGUCUAGUAGUGGGUACCUUCGAAAGGACAGUUCACGUUUUGAGUUAGUUUGUUAAGUCGAACCAGUUUUAGUUUGUUAAGUACCCCCGCGAGGAGCAACGUUUUGAAUUUUUUUGCCAUUGAAAGUAAAUUCUUGCGUCCCCUGUCCAGUGCUCGCUCACUAAUCAACUCCCUUCUAGCUAUCUUUCAAAUGUUUUCUACCGUUGGCGUGGAAGAAGUGGAAGAACCAUUUCAUAACAGUUCUUAUCCCAAGUAAGAUUCUCUUAUGAGAUGCACCGUUGUUGUAACGUUCUUUUAUUGCAGUUACAAAUAUGUUUAAAUAAAGUUUUAACAUUAUUUAUUCUUAAAAUAAACGACAAAAGAUA